UCCCCAUGACCCACCCGCGCGCGUAUAUACGCGUGAACAUACGAAUUCAAAAAUGAAUCCAGAUCCGACAAACAUGUCAACGUGACACCUGUGAGCCGGAAUACGGGUGCCUGCGCGCCGGGAAGAUGCGGCGAGAGGAGCUGUGCGCGUCCCCGUGAUGUAAGAAGCCCCGCUUUCCGCCCUCGGGGGCGCGCGCCGGUGAGAGAGCGCGGAAGAAGAGCAGGAGGCGGACGCAAAGUUCUCCCGAGCAGAACAGAAGCCUCCUCGAGCGUGCCGUCUCUUCGCUCCGCUCUUUGAUCAGUAUUUGGUCCAUUUGGACGUCGGAGGAUUUGCGGCGGCGACAGAAGUGUCCCGGGAGGCGUGCGACGAGUGCACCCAUGGGUGCCUCAGCAGAUUUGGCGCUCCGGUGGUGAAAGGCGCUCGUCAUGAUUUGGGUAAGCCUUUUGCCGCUUUUGCUGUCGUGCGCGCUCGCCAACCGGACCGCGGAGCCGGCGCCGGUGCCCUUCUUCCACGGCCAUGUGUUCGAGAACGCGUCGCCGGGCUCCCGGGUCAACGGGCUGAGCGUGCCGCUGCGGAGGCUGAACGCGCAGCGGCCGUGCGGCGGCGGUGACGGCGGCGCGUCGGAGCUCGCUCCGCAGCCGCGCUGGAGGCUCUUGGGAGACGGCGGCGACAAGUUCCGCGCCCUGGCGCACCACAACCGGGGUCACAUCCUGCUGAGGACCUGCGGCGUUCUGGACCGCGAGGAGCGGGCUGAGUACGAGCUGGGGGUCGGCGUGUGCUGCGGCGGGUCGUGCGUGGAGGUGGCCUCCGUCAAAGUGGACGUGCUGGACAUCAACGACCACCGGCCAACCUUCCGGGACGCCGACGUGAGGCUCAGCCUGGACGACGCCACCCCGCUGCGCACGGUUGUCUCCACGGUGACGGCGCGGGACGGGGACAGCGGCAAGAACGCGGAGCUCUUCUACUUCGCCAAGCCCAAGAACGGCACCUUCUACGUGGUGCCCAAAAGCGGCGACAUCCUCCUGGUGGACUCCAUCCUGGGCCGGGACGGGCCCAUCAAGUUCUCCGUAUUCGCCCGGGACCGAGGCUGGCCGCCCCGCACCAGCGACGCCGUCGGCGUGGAAGUCACCCCGCGCCGUUGGCUGCGUGGCGCCCGUCAAAACGCCCCCGCCCGGACGCCCAGAUCCGUCCAAGACGCCGACGACGGCAGCCCGCUUUUCAUCAACGUGUCCGAGGACGCGGGCAUCGGCUCGGUGGUGAUGAACCUGAACCCGGUGCGCUUCCAGGCGGCCGCGUUCGAGCUGGUGGAGCCCGACGACGCGGAGAGCUCGCCGGUCAGCGUGGGCAGGGACACGGGCGAGAUUGUCAUCGCGAGACGGCUGGACCGAGAGACGGAGCCGCUGGUGGAGAUCGGCGUCAGGGUGCACGACAAACGAGGUCCCGACUGGUACCUGGUGCGCGUGGAAUUGACGGUGACGGACGUCAACGACAAUGUUCCCGAGUGGCGCAUGGUCCCGGCGCCGUACCUGGCCGUGGUGUCGCCCGACGCCGCCGCCGGCUCGCUGGUCUACCAGCUGCACGCCCAGGACGGCGACGAGGGGCUCAACGGCGACGUGGAGUUCUUCCUGGCGGACGGUGGCGACGGUCGCUUCGAGGUGGACCGCAAGAGCGGCCACGUGCGGACCACGGGGCUUCCGCUGCAGCGCGACCGCGAGUACCUGCUGACGGUGGUGGCCGCCGACCGCCUGGGCGGCCGCAGCGUCCCCGCCGUGCUGUCGGUGGUGGCGGGGGCCAGGCCGCCGCAGUUCACCAACGCUUCCUUCACCGUCGCCGUACCCGAGAACACACCCGAGGGACAGCCCUUCCUGGUGACGACGGCCGUCUCCUUCCAGAAGAAGCCAAUCAGCUACAGCCUGCUCAUCAACCCCAGCAGCCUCUUCUCCAUCUCGCCCGAGGACGGCGAAAUCAGCCUGACCCGGCCCAUCGACUACGAGAGCGACCAGCACCGCUACCUGCUGCUGGUGCGAGCCGGCGAGGGCCAGGACAGCAUGAGCAGUGCCGCAGAGGUGCGAGUCAUCAUCAUGGAUGAGAACGACUGCGUUCCCGAGUUCCUGCAGUCCAUCUACAGCAAGGACGGCGUUCCAGAAACCGUCAUGACGGCCACGUCACUCCUUCAAGUUUCUGCCAGCGACUGCGACUCGGAGAAGAACGCAGAGCUGACGUACUACACGCUGAGUUCCGACUUCACGGUAUCGCCGCACGGCACCAUCUUCCCGGCGGGGCCGCUGGACUACGAGAGGCCCAACCACCUGUACGAGUUUGUGGUGAUGGCAGUGGACAAGGGAGAGGUGGCACGCACCGGCACGGCCACCGUCCGGGUGCGCAUGGCCAACGUCAACGAUGAGCCGCCAGGGUUCUCGCAGCACGUCUACCGGACGUUCGUGUCGGAGGACGCCGGGCCGAACACGCUGGUGGCUACCGUGCUGGCUAAGGAUCCCGACGGAGACGGGAUCACGUACCGCAUCGCCUCGGGAAACGAGGAGGGCAACUUUGUCAUCGACAGCCCAAAAGGUUUGAUCCGUCUGCGCUCCAGCCCUCCGCCUCACCUGCAGGGCGUGGAGUACGUCCUCAAUGUGACGGCGACGGACGAUAACGCCUCGGGCGGCCCUCGGGCCCUGUCGUCCACGGCUCAGGUGGUGGUCGGCGUGGACGACGUCAACAACAACAAACCCGUCUUUGAGAAGUGCCAACAGUACCGGGAGAAGACGGCGGUCCUGGAGAACCAACCGGCCGGGACGUUUGUGCUGCGGGUUGACGCCGUGGAUGCGGACGAGGGUUCCAACGGCAAGGUCACAUACGGCUUCAUGCACAAAGACUCCACUGUGCCCGCUUUCAGCAUUCACCCUGACACAGGGACGAUUGUCACGGCCCGGAAAUUUGACCGCGAACGCCAGCGGGAGUACGCGGUGACGGUCACGGCCACCGACCAGGCCAACGAUCCGCUGAUUGGCAUCUGCCAGCUCAACAUUCUCAUUGUGGACCAGAACGAUAACAGCCCCAAGUUUGAGAACAUCCGCUACGAGUACUUCCUUCGCGAAGACACGAUGAUCGGGACCAGCUUUUUGCGAGUGGCGGCCCACGACGACGACUUUGGAACCAACGCCGCCGUCACAUACUCUAUGUCCAGCGAGCAGCCGGAGUACCUCAGGGUAAACCCGCUGACUGGCUGGGUUUAUGUCAACCAGCCCAUCUCGCAGAGGACCUACAUCACCCGGGAGAUCGUGGCCACAGAUGGCGGAAACCGGAGCAGCUCGGUGGAACUGGCCGUCACCAUCACCAAUGUGAAAAACCAGCCGCCGCAGUGGGAAAAGGAAAGCUACGCCGUGGUCAUCCCCGAGAACACCGUGCGGGACACGCCCAUCGUGACCAUCAAAGCCACCUCCCCGCUGGGCGACCCCAGGGUGACGUACAACCUGGAGGACGGCAUGGUCCCGGAGACCAACAUGCCUGUCCGCUUCUACUUGACGCCGAACCGGGCGGACGGCUCGGCCUCCAUCCUUGUGGCGGAGCCUCUGGACUACGAGAUCACCCGUAACUUCAUGCUGAGGGUCCGAGCCCAGAACGUUGCCGCCGUCCCGUUGGCCGCCUUCACCAUUGUCUUCGUCAACGUCACAGAUGUGAAUGACAACGUCCCCUUUUUUACAUCCUCCAUCUACGAGGCCUCGGUGACCGAGGGCACCCAAUCGGGAACGUUGGUGUUUCAGGUGUCCGCCAAUGACCUGGACUUGGGCCUCAAUGGCAAGAUCGCCUACUCGCUGCUCGAGGAUCGAAAUGGGGACCACCAAUAUUUUCGCAUCGACCCCGAGCUGGGUUUCAUCUACACGCAGGCUGUUUUUGACCGCGAGACCAAAAGUUCCUACCUCUUGGAGGUCCAAUCGGUGGACGGCUGGGAGUCGGCCAGGCCCGGCAAACACGGACAGCCCAACUCUGACACGGCGUACGUUCGCGUGUUCAUCAGCGACGUCAACGACAACGAGCCGGCCUUCGCUCAGAGCGCGUACGAGGUGGACACGGAUGAGGACGCCGACGUGGGAUUUGCCGUCCUCACCGUCAGCGCCAACGACGGAGACGAAGGCGGGAAUGCCAAACUACGUUACCAAAUCACGUCUGGAAACACGGGAGGUGUGUUUGACGUGGAACCAGAAGUGGGGACCAUCUUCGUCGCUCAGCCUCUGGACUACGAGCAGAACAAAAGGUACAAGCUGCACGUUCUCGCUUCCGACGGCAAGUGGGAGGACUACGCCACGGUGGCGGUGAACGUGGUCAACAAGAACGACGAAGCGCCCGUGUUCACCGUCAACGAAUACUACGGCAGCGUGACAGAGGAACUGGAUGGUUCGCCCGUCUUCGUCUUACAGGUGACAGCGUCGGACCCGGACAAGGACGCCGACCAGGAGGCUCUUCGCUACUCCCUCCACGGCCAGGGCGCCGAGAGCGAGUUCAUCAUCGACGAGGUGACGGGCAAGAUCUACGCCCAGCGCACGCUGAACCGCGAGGAGCGCGCCGUGUGGCGUUUUGUGGUGCUGGCCACGGACGAGGGCGGCGAAGGCCUGACGGGGUUCACCGACGUCAUCAUCAACGUGUGGGACAUCAACGACAACGCGCCCGUCUUCACCUGCGCGCCCAGCUGCCACGGCGACGUGGCCGAGAACUCGCCGGCCGGCACGUCGGUGAUGGAGAUGACGGCCACCGACCUGGACGACGCGGCCGUGGGCCAGAACGCCGUGCUGUCCUACAGGAUCUUGGGCGGCUUGGACGCGACGGGGGGCGUUCCCGCCUUCUCCGAGAUGUUUGCCAUCAACCCGGCGACCGGCACCAUCACGGUGGCCUUGGAUGGCCUGGACCGGGAGCAGGUGGAGUCCUACGUCCUGGUGGUUGAGGCCAGGGACGGAGGCGGCAUGGUGGGAACGGCCACGGCGACCGUUCAGAUCUCCGACGUCAAUGACCACGCGCCCCGGUUCGUCGAACACGCUUGCCUGGCCAGGAUCUCGGAAAACGCGGAGCCCAACGCGGAGGUCCUGGAGCUGAGGGCCGAGGACCGAGACACGGGAGAAAACGGCCAGCUGACCUUCAGCGUGGUGGCCGGGGACCAGGAGCAAAAAUUCUACAUGGUCAGCAACAAACUGGAGCAGCGGGGAAGCCUCCGACUCAAAAAACGACUGGACUACGAGAGACACAGCGAGCAGAGGUUCAACCUCACCAUCAAGGUUGAAGACUUGGAUUUUUCCAGCCUGCUUCACUGCGCGGUCGAGGUGGACGACUACAACGACCACGCCCCGGUUUUCAUCCCUCACUUCCUGUCUCUGGGCCCCCUGUCAGAGGACGUCACUGUGGGGACCAUCGUGGCCCGCCUGCUGGCCAGCGACUCGGAUUCGGGUCAGAACCGCCAGCUGGUCUACAGCCUCUCUCGGGACUCGGACCCGGACGGGCUCUUCGCCGUGGACCAAUCGGGCGUCCUGACGGUGGCCCGACCUCUGGACCGGGAGAAGGUAGCCCAGCACCACCUGGUGGUCAUCGCCACGGAUCACGGGGUGCCCGCCUUGUCGGGUAGUGCCACCGUGGAACUCCCCCUCCUGGACGUCAACGAUAACGGGCCGCAGUUUGAAGCUGUGUACGCGCCGGUGGUCUUUGAGAACCUUCCUGGGCCUCAGGUUGUAUACAUGAACCAGACAUCCACGUUGCUCUGGGCUGUGGAUCGAGACUCCUUGGAGAACGGCGCGCCUUUCCAUUUCGCUGUCCCCGCUGACUAUCGCCACGGUAACGACUUCUACCUGAAGGACAACCUGAACGGAACGGCCACGCUGACGGCGCUGCGGACGUUCGACCGCGAGCGUCAGAAGGAGUUCCUGAUCCCCGUGGUCAUGAGCGACAGCGGCCAUCCCGCCAAAACGGUGACCGGCACGCUGACGGUCACCAUCGGCGACUACAACGACCAUCCGCACGAUGGCGGAGAGAAGACCAUCUUCAUCAACACGUACAGAGGGCGCAUGCCCACCACCGUGCUGGGAAAGGUGUACGCGCCCGACCCGGACGACUGGGAUAACAAGACGUACGUCUUUGAGGGACACGUACCCACCUACUUCGUCUUGAACAAGCGCACGGGCUUUGUGAUCAUCAAGGAGAAGGCCCCGUCGGGCGACUAUCGGUUCCUCGUGCGCGUUUCGGACGGCGUGUGGCCCGACGCCGUCUCGGCGGUUACGGUGCACGUACGGGAGCUGCCCGAGGACGCCGUGCAGAACUUGGCGUCGCUCCGCCUUGCAGAUAUGACGGCCAAGGAAUUCAUGGAGCCGAGGGGCAAGCAGCGCAGCCGAUACGAGCUGCUGUCCGACUUCCUGUCCGAGAUGUUGUCGGUGUCGCCGUCCGACGUCAACGUCUUCGGCCUGAGCGACGUCCCCGGCCGCAUGCUGGACGUGCGCUUUGCCGUGCGCGCCGGCGGCACCGCCGCCACCUUCUUGCGGCCCGAGAAGAUGCACGGGUACCUGGCAGCACACAAACAAAAGGUCGGUUGGCCGGGACUUGGAUUGAAAAAAAAUUCCGAGAAGAAUACCGCCGUCUGCGCCUGCCCCGGUCGCCAGCAGGUGCAUCAGCCCUGCGACGCUUACCCCAGGAACCCGUGCUUCAACGGGGGCGUGUGCGUGGACACCCAGCAUGGCUACAGGUGCCAGUGCCCUGCCCAGUUGGAGGGUCCCGAGUGCCAGCAGAACAAGCACAGUUUCCACGGCAACGGCUACGCCUGGUUUCCUCCCAUGACGCCGUGCUUCGAGAGCCACAUCUCGCUGGAGUUCAUCACCGAGGUGCCGGACGGCCUGCUGCUCUACAGCGGGCCCCUGGCGCAGCUGCAGGCCUGGGACCACGAGGACUUCAUGGCCCUCGAGCUAAUCAGUGGGACCCCCACGCUCAAAAUCAACCACGGCUCCGGCACGGUGGUGCUACAGUUGCCUGGCAACAUCAAUGUGGCCGACCGACGCUGGCAUCGACUGGACAUCCGCAGCAACAGCAAGGUGGGUCGCACCGCUAGAUCCAAAAAACCUGUCUCAAAAAAGAAAUACUCGUCCUGCGAAGUGACCGGCACCACGCCCAACACCGACAGAUACCUGAACACAAGUCAAGUGUUGCAGCUGGGCGGAGUCAACGAGGACAUUCCCUACAUUUACCCUCAGCUUCAACACAAACACUUCACGGGAUGCAUACGCAACCUCGUUGUGGACAGCAAGCUGUACGACCUGAACUCCCCGGCCGACUCGCAGUCCAGCUCACCGGGCUGCCAGACCACCGACGGCAGCUGUGUCAACAUGGGCUACCCGUCCUGCGGACGCCGCGGACACUGCCAUGGAGAGUGGGGCUCCUUCAGCUGCCAGUGUGUGCCCGGAUACAGCGGGCAGCAGUGCGAAGAGGAGGUUCCCGAGUACUCAUUCGACGGCCACAGCUACGUGCGCUACCAGCUGGCCUCGCCGUUGCCGGCCCGCAGGACGGCGGUGCAGAUCCUGGUUCGAACCCGCAAGCACAGCAGCACCGUGCUCAGCCUGAGCUCCAGAGAGCAAAGCGAGUACGUUCGACUGGAGAUUUGUCAGGGCUUGCUGGGCGUGUACUACAACCUCGGUGACGGCGACUACAACUUGAGCGUGCCCACGUACCGCCUGGACAACGGCGAGUGGCACCAGGUGUCGCUGGAGCGCCACGACAACGAGAUGACGCUGCGGCUGGACGGCGGAGGCGGCCAACGUGAAGUGACGGGGGCGCCGGGGCGCAGCCGGGAGAUCGUCAUCGACCCCACGCUGGUCAUGCUGGGCAACGCUUUCCCCUCCGCCCUGAACAAGAGCUUCCAGGGCUGCAUGAGGGAUCUGCGUCUGAACGGUCGCCACCUGCCGAUGGCUAUCCAGAGUACACGGGAAGGCGUGUCGCAGAUCAGCGCGCAAGGCCUCACUCCGGGGUGCUCUUCCGACUCCUGCAGGAGGAACCAGUGCAGCCCCCCCUUCACCUGCGUGGACCUGUGGCGAGUGCACGAAUGCAGAUGUCCCCCGGGCCACAUGAUCCGCGUGAAUGGCAGCAGGAAGUCUUGCGUGUACACGUUGUGCGCCACGCGGCCGUGCCACCGCGGGACGUGCGUGGCGCAGUCGCCGUCCAAGUUCACCUGCCAUUGCCCCGACGGCCACCGGGGGCGCCUGUGCGAGACCGCGCUGGCCGUCUACAGCGACGACGUCGGCCUCAGCUUCAGCUCGCUCUUCGCCAUCUGCAUCUGCUUCAUGGCACUACUGGUGCUGCUGCUGGGUAUUUUCGUGUACACGCGCUGGAGGAGCUACAAAGGCCUGAAGGAGGGCGUGUACCACGUGUCGGCGCACCACGACGGCUGGGAGGACGUCCGAGAGAACGUCCUCAACUACGACGAGGAGGGCGGCGGCGAGGAAGACCAGAACGCGUAUGACAUGGCCGAACUCCAGAAGUCCCUGCAGCCCAGCCCGGCCCAGUCGGUGCAAUAUUGUCGUUCCCGGGCGCUGCACCACCCGCCGCCACCGCCGCCGCCGAAAAAAAACCCGUCGUCCGCCUCGGGGGCGUCCUGCGGGGCGCGGCGUGACGUCGCGCCCGCCCGCUUGCCGGCCCAGGGGCAGCCCCCCCGGCUGGGCCGGCGCUCGCUGUCCUUCUCCAGCCAGGAUCUGGCCCGCUACCUGUGCGAGAUCAUCCGCGACGCCGACCAGCACCCGGACACGGGGCCCUUUGACUCGCUGCAGGUGUUCUCCACCGAGGGCGGCGGCUCCCCGGCGGGCUCGCUCAGCUCCUUCAGCUCGGCGGGCUUGGACGCCGGCGACGGGGCGGCCGACGCCCGGCGCGAGGAGACGCUCGGGGACUGGGGGCCGCGCUUCGAGAAGCUGAGGGCGCUGUACGAGCGGGCCGAGGCCAGUGACCUCUGAACUCCGGCCGCACGGGACCCUUUCCGGGGCGCGGCGGGUGACCUACCGGACAAACACGCACACGCUCACACACCGACUCUUGAUGUUAUUUGCCGCCAGGCGAUUCGCCGGGGAACGGAACGUGGCGGUCGAGCUUCAGGACGACGUCUCGGGGUGGAGCGGCGGGGCGGCUGACCCCCGCCGUCGCCAUCGUCGACGUCAACCGAGGUCCCGUAAAUGUGAAAAUCAAUGGUUUUGUGUGUUUUGUUAUACGCAGAACAGCAGAGACACCUAAAAAUGUAUUUUUUGCCUCUUUGCCUGUUUCUUGUUGUGUAAAUAAUCCCUUGACGGCCACUUUAUUGGGUACACAAUCAAGCAUGUCUCUGGUCAACACCAUCGCAAAAACGGUUCAAUUGCGCAGACAAUGCUGCGGCGCCUUUCUCGCCGGACAUCCCAACGACUCAAAAAUGGUGACAAUUAACAAUUCAACAAAAAAAAGCCGCAGGGAGUUAAGAAGUGUUUCAUCUCCUCACUCGCUGGCCCGCCAAUCAAUGACGGCAAAAACACUUCGCAAAGGAAGGCGAAGGCGAGUGCGCGAGUGCACCCCACCGUUUGGCCCGGCAUCAAAAAGAAAUGAGAAAGCUUGACGAUGUCAUCAAGUGCCUGAUUCGCUGGUCCGCCGUGAGCUUUGUCGCACACGCUAAUGUGGAAAUUUGAUGUGGAAAAGGUGUCAAGGUUGCUCAUGCUAUUAGCAGUGGAAGGUUCCGAUGUCGCACGCCGGAGAAGAAAGCCGCCAAAACAAGCGCGGCAGCUUCAAAAACAAAACAAAAAAAGAGAAUCCCAUUUUGGUUUUUUGUUUUUUUGUGGCUUGUCACCUGAAAAAAAAAACACUCCUUGAUGUUUACAGAAAUCAUUGUGGGGAGGCGAUAUGGACAAAACUAUUGAGACACGGCAAGUUAGGCAAAAAAAAAAA